AUGGCGUGUGGGUCAGUGGAUCCUCAGGGUCUUCUCCCACAUCCUCUUUCUUCUGUCAGAUUUGAGAAUCUGCCCUAUGUGGAAGGGCCCUGGUUCUGGUCCUGUGGUCAGACCAACAUAUCCUGCAAGGUGGUAAACGGGAAGCUGGUGGAGGUGGGCAGGUGGCCAUGGCAAGUAAGCAUUCUGUUCCUGGGGCUGUACGUCUGCAGCGGCUCCCUCAUUCACCACAACUGGAUCCUUACAGCUGCACACUGCCUGCAAAGAUCCAAGGACCCGGCUAACUACACCGUGAAGGUGGGCGUCCAGAACCUCCCGGACAACAGCUCGGAGCUCCUGCUCACUAACAUUGUGAUUCACGAAAAGUUCAACAAUCACAUGUCUUACGACAUCGCCAUCCUGAAGCUCAAGUACCCUGUCCCCUGGUCUCCCGUCGUCCAGCCAAUCUGCCUCCCCACCAUCAAUUUCAGGCCAACCAUAGGCACCAUGUGUUGGGUCGUCGGGUGGGGAAAAGAAAAGACUAACGGGGCUCCGAACACCCCCUACCAUGUCCAGGGUUUGGCUGCCAGGAUCGUGAACAACGAAAUCUGCAAUCACCGGUACCAGUUCCUCCUGCAGAAGAACCAGAAGAAGUUCAUUGAAAACGACAUGCUGUGUACAAGUUCGGAAUGGGGCCUGGACACUUGUCAGGACACGUCUGGCAGCUCCUUGGUUUGCCAGAUGAACAAGACCUGGAUCCAGAUGGGGGUAGUGAGCUGGAACUUUGGCUGUGGUCGUCGCCAAUUCCCAAGCGUCUACACCAGCACCUCCCACUUCACCCAAUGGAUCAAGAGACAUAUCGGCGACAUGAGGUUUGCCAGUAUGGCUGUUCCUUCCUUCCUGAGCCCAUUCAUCCUCACUGGCUACAUUCUGCUGGUUUCCUUGGGCUCCCUGUGGCUCUUGUGAGCCGUGUUUCUGCAACAGUCAUUCCCAGAGGGUACCUUUCCCUCCUCUCUACUCGGCCCUCAGAAGUGGACACUAGAGGCUGAACAGGACUUCGGGACAGAGGGA